ACUGGGGUGGGGUAGGGUGGGGUGGGGUGGACCGGAGGGCCGGGCGGGGCGCAGCAGCCAGCGGUUGCCUCCCCCGUCAGGCGACAACAGUCAGAGGGGGGAGGCAGAAGCGCCUCCUCCCCGCCUGGAGCCGGGGCUGCAGCGCAGGGGGAGGAAGGCGCCUCACCUAACCCCCGAUGAGGGGCGGAUCAUGCCAUGGCAGCCCCUGCGAACGACAGCGGUGGCAGCACCCAGAGCCGGAGCAGCAGCCCCGGGAGCCGGGAGGGAGUUGGGGGUACUGCGACGGGAGCUCGCGACGACAGGGACACGGGAGUCCGGGACACCACGGCGACCGCCCCCAACCUCCCUCCGCUCGAGGACUACGAGUGCAAAAUCUGCUACAACUACUUCGACGCGGACCGGCGCGCCCCCAAGCUGCUGGCAUGCCUGCACACCUUCUGCCAGGAGUGCCUGAGCCAGCUGCAGCUCCGCGCCGCCGCCGCCACCUCCAGCUCGGCCCCUGAGCGCGCGCCGCGCCCGCCACCCUGGCACGGCCCGCCCGGAGCCAUCGCGUGCCCGGUGUGCCGUCACCGCACGCCGCUGCCGGACAGCCGCGUGCACGGUCUGCCCAACAACACCAAGCUCGCCGAGGCCUUCCCGCUGGCUCUGCGCGCCGCGCACGAUCCGCUGCCCCAGGACCGGCUCCCGCCGCUGGCCUCCCGCCGCCCCGCGCCCACCGCCGCCCCGCCGCCAGCCUCUGCCCCGCAGCCACCGCAGCCGGCGCCACCACCCGCUGAGGACACCGCCCCCGGGCCUCGCAGCCGCCCAGGUCUCCGCGCCCCGGGAGCCUAUGAGAGCUGUCAGAACUGCAAGCGUGCGGCGCUCACCGCCGGCUGCGUGUGCGUGGUCUUCUCCUUCCUCUCCAUGGUGGUGCUGCUGUUCACCGGCCUCAUCUUCGUCAACCACUACGGCGGCGGCGGGGGUGGGGGACCCCAGAGCAGCGGUUCGUCCCCCGGCCCUGCCCCAGCCCCCGGAUCGCCGUCGCCCUCGCCCGUGGGACCUAUCUGUCUGUCCGUGGCUAGCAUACUGGCUCUCUUCUCCGUGGUGGUCACCUGGAUCAUCUGCUGGCUCAAGUAUCGGCCCGAGGGGGCAGCCGCUGCCUCGGCAGGGAGCGGCGGAGGUGGCUCCAGGGCGCGGGCAGCCGCGGCUCCCAGCAGCGGCAGGAGGAGCGACACGUAGAGGGGCGGCACACCCGGCUCCCGGUGCAUCGCCUGCCCCUGAGAAGCCCCAGAGGACCUGGCCUUAGGCUCAGUGCCCUGGGGCUUCUGCCCCGCUUCGUCUGUGACCAUGCACCACCGAGUCAAUGUGGAGCCUCAGUUUCCCGCCUCUGUCUUUCUGUUCUCUACUUUCUUUACUUAGGACGAGAGAGGAAAACAAGAGACACGGAUGCUGGUGUUGGGUGUCAGGGCCCUUUUACUCAGAUCUCUGCUUUAUGCGCCGCCUCACCCUGCUCAGAGUGUGUGGCUGUCUCUUCCCAAAGUCUGAGGCUGUGCCGAAAGCGGAUUCUUGGCGGCUGGGACUUUGGCAUUCAUUUAGGGGUGCGACGCGCGUGCUCGCCCGCAGCAGUUGUGAAUGGACUUGAAUCGCCUAAAGGGAGAAUGAAUGAGAUGAUGAGAUGUAAACGCAAAUGAUCUUCCUGCUUCUCAAAGA